AUGGCAGACAAUGGUCUCAUCGACAAAGUCCAUGACCUGAGUGACCUCGAGCUCGCCGUGCUCUUAUGCCUCAUCAGCCGCGAGCACUGCCUCAUCAGCACCCCAGCCAGUGCCAUUGACGACUUGGUGCUGGAGCUACAACUGAUUGCCACCAAGACAUUCGGUCUCGAAUGGGCCGUCAUUGACUGCUCCCCGUCCACGACCCUCGAGGACUUUGCCUCGUCGCUCCUCUCGACCUCACCGCCGCCGCCGCGAGCAGACACAGCCACCACCAAUGGCGGCGGCAAGACGGCAUCGUACUUUUCUUCACAAAAACAGCAGAGAGCAACCAUACCGUCGUUGAAUACCGGCGUGACGACGCCUGGCGGGAGCACCGCCAGCCCGCAAAUCGCCAACUUUGUCAUUGCGCGGCACCUCGACCGCGCGCCGCACGCCGUCCAGAUCCAGGCGCUUGAGCUGCUGCGCACCCGUCGCAUCUUUACGCGCACGACGGUGCAGGUCGCGCCCAAGCAGUUUGUCUUCAUCCCCGUGCUGGCGGCGGCGAGCGGCGGCCAGGCGCGCGUCACGCCACACCUCAAUGACUUCCUGUCGAUUGCGCACUGGCACGACCCGGAGCAUGGCUUCGUCAAUGUCGAGGAGCAGCAACAGGCUGACGCAGACGAAGACGACGCUGCUUCGACGGGGAGCAUUGUAAAAAGAGUCCGCGUGGACAGGCACCCGACAGCACCCGCUCUGAUAUCGAAAGACGACAUCAUCUGCCUCCGCGAAAAAGGCCAAAAGGUGCAAGUCGACAUUGACGUCACCCGGUACCAGAUGAACAUUGUCUCCUUUCUGCGCAUGCACCGCGCCGUCGACCAGGGCAUCACGCCCACCGCCACCAAGCACUUUGGCCAGCUCAUGCGCAACCUCGCACCGCUGCACAGGCUCAACUUUGUCACGCCGGCGCUCGUCGGUCUCGCCGCGCGCAAGGUCUACCUACACCGCAUCUGCAUGACGGACCCGGAUAAGGAGAGGAGCAUGCAAUGGGGGAGCAGGCUGGAGGCGGUCGAGGCUAUGCUUCAGGGCGUGGGGCCGGAAGAGGUCCUCGACGAGGUCAUGACCAUGGUGACGGCGCCUGUAUAA